AUGAAAAGACUUUCAAAGAAAACAACAACUCUUAUUAAAACACAACUCAAUGAAAUAGAAAGAAAAAACAUUGAACCAGUCAAAGACGAACUAUUAAGGAGAGUUAUUGAACAGAUCCGUGAAGGUUUAUUAACACAAUCACUUGAUGAAUUGAUUAUUUGUUGUUCAAUUCUCCAAGGAGAAGUAAAAAUAAAAGAACUAAAAAUUAGAAAAUUUGUAAAUGGGUUAAAUGGAGAAGGUAUUAAAAAAUAUGAAGAUAAAAUAAUACUAUUAAAGAAAGUCCGAGAAUCUAUUUCAUUAAUUCUUCAACAACUCAACUUACAAAAAAAAAAUCUUUAA